AUGGCGGAAGUCGAGAUUAAGAAGGUGUCUAUCCUAGGCCGAGACUCCAUUCAUUGCGGUUUUCACCUCGCACCGCACAUUGUACAAACUGUCUUGGACACACUUCCGUCGUCGACUUAUGUCCUCAUCACAGAUACAGUCGUUGGCUCUCAUUACCUCUCGAGAUUUGACGAUGAAUUCCUCCGCCAAAAGCAACAGGGAAAGGGUACAAGUUCGAGGUUCCUGGGCUAUCUCGUUGAACCGGGUGAAGGGUCGAAGAGCAGGAAGGGAAAGGCAGAAAUUGAAGAUUAUCUACUGGAACAGAAGUGUACCCGCGAUACCGUCGUUCUUGCCCUCGGUGGAGGUGUUAUUGGCGAUUUAGUCGGUUUUGUUGCUGCAACCUUUAUGCGUGGCCUUCGGUUUUGCCAAAUACCGACUACGUUGCUUGCUAUGGUUGAUUCAAGUGUGGGCGGCAAAACUGCAAUCGAUACUCCACACGGAAAGAACCUCAUCGGCGCCUUCUGGCAGCCCGAAUAUAUUUUUAUCGACGCUGCCUUCCUUGAAACGCUUCCACCAAGAGAAUUCUCAAACGGCAUGGCAGAGGUCAUCAAGACUGCAGCGAUUUGGAACGAAGACGAAUUUAGCGCACUCGAGUCGCGUUCCGCGGAGAUAUUCGCUGCAGUUCAAUCCCGUUCCGUUGAUGCCUCGGCGCGAGCUUUGUUGCUUUCCGUUAUUGCUGGUUCAAUUGGCGUCAAGGCGCAUAUUGUCACUGUUGAUGAACGUGAAACCGGACUUCGCAAUCUCGUCAACUUUGGUCACACAAUUGGCCAUGCAAUUGAAGCGGUACUGACUCCUGCUAUCUUGCAUGGCGAAUGUGUUGCAAUCGGAAUGGUGCUUGAGGCGGAGAUUGCGCGCCAGCGCGGUGUCCUUGGUCAGGUCGCUGUCGGACGUCUCACACGUUGUUUGAAAGCAUACAACCUUCCAACGAGCCUUUCAGAUCCGCGCAUAGCUGCGCUACCUCAGGCAAAGCUUCUCACCGUGGAUAGAUUGUUAGACAUUAUGGCUAUUGAUAAAAAGAAUAGCGGAGCGGCAAAGAAAAUUGUUCUCCUGCAGCGUAUUGGGAAGACUCUUGAAGAGAAGGCUAGUGUUGUGCCCGAUGACAUGAUCCGGAAAACUCUAUCAGAAGCAGCCAAAGUCGUACCUGCGGUACCGAAAAACCAUCCCGUAAAGAUGGCGACGCCGGGCUCAAAGAGCAUUUCGAACCGUGCACUACUCCUAGCAGCACUAGCAGAAGGAACAUGCAGGCUUACGAAUCUCCUGCAUUCAGACGACACUCAGGUUAUGAUGAAUGCCUUGAUCGAUCUCAAAGGCGCAAAGUUCUCGUGGGAAGACGGCGGCGAGACGCUUGUCGUUGAGGGUGGCGGUGGUUCGCUCUCUCCGCCUCCGCCAGGUAAAGAAGUUUACCUGGGCAAUGCGGGUACUGCAGCGCGAUUCCUCACAACCGUCUGCACACUUGUGCAAAGUACCGACACGACACGAACGGUCAUCACGGGCAACGCUCGCAUGAAACAACGUCCUGUCGGACCACUCGUCUCCGCUUUGCGUGAGAAUGGGUGCUCCGUGGACUUCAAGGAAUCGGAAGGUUGUCUUCCACUCGCCAUUGCGCCUGGUGGUCUCCCGGGCGGACGUAUCCGACUGGCGGCAUCCGUCUCGUCGCAAUAUGUUAGCUCUAUUCUGCUUUGUGCGCCUUACGCGAAGGAACCGGUGGUGCUCGAGCUCACAGGCGGAGCUGUUAUCUCGCAGCCGUAUAUCGACAUGACGAUAGUAAUGAUGCAAUCCUUCGGAAUCGUGGUCGAGCGGCACACGGAUCCCAACACUGGCGCAUUACUCGACGUAUACACGAUUCCACGUGGGCGAUACGUCAACCCAGCGUCAUAUGCGAUUGAGAGUGAUGCGAGCAGUGCGACUUAUCCGCUUGCGGUUGCUGCAGCGACGGGUACAACGUGCACGGUAGAAAACAUAGGAAGCGCGAGCCUCCAGGGUGAUGCACGCUUUGCGAAAGAUGUACUUGAACCGAUGGGAUGCGAGGUUGUCCAGACUGGGACUUCGACGACUGUAACGGGGCCACCAAUUGGACAGCUCCGUGCGUUGGGUAUGGUAGACAUGGAACCGAUGACAGAUGCAUUCUUAACUGCAUCGGUCCUGGCAGCGAUUGCAACCAAGGAGCCAUUGAAAGAGAGAACGCUUACGGAUGGAAGUCCGAUGACUACAACGCGCAUUCUAGGCAUUGCAAACCAGAGGGUUAAAGAGUGCAAUCGUAUUCGGGCAAUGAUCGAUCAACUUGCUAAAUUCGGUAUUGAGACCAAGGAGUUAGAUGACGGACUGGAGGUCUACGGAAGACCGGUCGGAGAGCUGAAAGAGGGAUGCAGCAUCCAUUGUUACGACGAUCAUCGAGUGGCUAUGGCUUUUAGCGUGCUUGGUUCGGUCGUCAAGAACACGAUUAUCGAAGAAAAGCGUUGCGUCGAGAAGACUUGGCCUAACUGGUGGGACGACCUCGAAAAUAAGAUCGGACUGAAUGUAGAAGGCGUAGAGCUGGUCUCAGGUCCAGUGAGCGGUUCGCCAAGCAAGGAGGCCACAGCGAAUGUUGGUGCCUCCGUCGUCAUCAUUGGCAUGCGCGGAUCCGGCAAGACGUUUGUUGGCAGGCUCGCCGCGCAAGCACUGGGCUGGACCUUCCUCGACGCGGACCAUGCCUUCGAGGAACAUCACAAGAUGGGUGUACGAGAAUUCGUUCACGCGAACGGUUGGCGGGCCUUCCGAGCUGCAGAGACAGAAAUGCUCAAGACUCUCCUCGCGGAACACCAGACUGGCCAUGUCAUCAGCCUUGGGGGAGGGAUUGUUGAGACGCCCGCGGCGCGUGACGUCUUGUGUGAAUACGGGAGGACAAAAGGCCCUGUAGUGGAGAUCGUGCGUGAAGUGGACGAGGUGGUAAAGUACCUCACUGAAGAGACGUCUCGUCCACAAUACGGCGAGUCGAUCGUUGAUGUUUGCACGAGGAGACAGCCAUGGUUUGCAGAAUGCUCGACAUAUCAGUUCGUCAAUUACACAGGCGUUCUGCAGCAUGUUGCAGCACGCUCACUAGACGACAACGCAAUAGGGUCUGCGAGCCCAACGGCUUCGCAGUACCGCACGGAAGUCACGCGAUUUUUCCACCACAUUACUGGUGUGAAGCGCAAUGUUUCGGCGAAUGUUGCUCGUGGAAAACGCUCUUACUUCCUCUCGCUUACAUACCCGGGUGUUACGCCUGCGCUUCCGCACAUUGAUGAACUGACGGCUGGGACAGAUGCAAUCGAGUUACGCGUCGAUCUCCUGCGGGUGCCGAAGGACGUAGAGACGAGGGGAAAUUACAUCCCGCCGACGGCAUACGUGAUUGAGCAACUCGCAGCACUCCGGCAGAAAACAAGCUUGCCUAUUGUCUUCACGGUUCGGAGUGUAUCACAGGGUGGCUCGCAUCCAGAUGGAGCUGAAGCUGAAGCGCUUGCGCUGUUCAAUGUCGCAGUGCGCAUGGGCUGUGAGUAUAUCGACGUCGAGCUGGCUUGGAACGACGCACGAAUCCGUGAGUUUGCGCAGCGCAAGGGAAACUCGCAGAUCAUUGCAUCAUGGCACGACUGGAGUGGAAACAUGAAAUGGGACGGCCCACAAGUGAAGGAAAAAUAUGCGCAGGCCAAAGAACUAGGCAAUAUCGUCAAAAUAGUUGGAAAGGCAACGUCACUUGAAGAUAACUUCGCGUUGGCCGACUUCGUUCGGUCGGUCGAGGCAACACCUGACGCAAAACCCUUCAUUGCGAUUAAUACUGGAUAUGAAGGUCAAUUGUCUCGUAUUCUCAAUAGUACAUUAAGUCCAAUUACGCAUCCUCUUAUGUCGGUGAGCGCUGCGCCUGGUCAACUAUCCUUCGCGCAAAUCCAGACAGCAUUGCACCUUAUCGGACAGCUUCCUGCUCAACGCUAUUAUUUGUUCGGAACACCUAUCAGCCAAUCGCCAUCACCCACGCUGCACAGUACAGGUUUCCAGGCGCUGGGCCUACCUCAUACGUACAGUUUAUUUGAGACGGUGGAGGUGGAUGAGUCUAUUCGAAGCCUGCUGCAAUCUCCGUCCUUCGGUGGCGCAUCAGUAACAAUUCCACAUAAGCUUGCAGUCAUGCCUCUACUAGAUGAAUUAACUGCGGACGCGAAGGCCAUUGGUGCUGUUAACACGAUCAUCGCGGAAACAGAUCCUGGUGGCAAGCGAAUUUUGCGUGGUGAUAACACGGACUGGAUUGGAAUCCGCAGCACUGUCUUGGCAAGGCUUCCGGGCGAUGGCAGAGUACCGGCGGCAGGUCUCGUUAUUGGGGCAGGAGGAACAUCGCGAGCCGCACUAUACGCACUGCACUCGCUUGGGGUAGGCCGGAUCUAUCUUUACAACCGGACUCGAAGUGCUGCGGAAGCUCUCCGUGACGCAUUCCCAGAAUACAAUAUUGUGUUAUUGGAUAACUUGGAUUCGUUCUCAGAUGCGGCUCCGGCGGUCGUUAUCUCAACCAUCCCCGGAUCCGCAACCACGCUUGAGAAGGGAUCCAAUGGACUGUACCUGACCAAGGCACUGUUCAGUGCAGAGCAUGGUGUUGUCGUGGAUAUGGCGUAUAAACCUGCGGAAACGCCGCUGUUGUCAUUGGCGGCAUCCUCGCAAGGCUGGAAGACAGUCAGAGGAGUCGAUGUUCUCCUCGAGCAAGGCUUUGCGCAGCUCGAGUUGUGGACUGGCCGCCGUUGCCCUCGGAAAGAAGUAACAAAGAAAGUAUUAGAUAAGUAUAAUUCGGCUUGA